GGAAAUAUCACCGGUUUGUCGGUUUGCGAUACUCAUGGAACAGGUCCGAAUGUCAAUGAAAUCGCAUUCAUUUAUAGAGGAAAACAGAUACCGAAAUGUCGAAGUGUCCAAAGAUAAGACGAGACGAGAAGCGCCCACAAUAUCACAAUUCAUGUAUUUUCUGAUCGCACCGACACUACUCUAUAGAGACAAUUAUGUUAGAACGAACAAGGUGCGAUGGAAACUAGUGGUAUGGUAUUUCCUUCAGGUGCUAUUCAUCAUGUUCUGCAUGUUUGCCAUCAGUUGGCGAUUCGUUGAGCACAACUUCAAGUGGACGGGCGUUAAGCCGUUCACAAUCCGACAGUUGGCAUAUCUACUGCUGAGCGGCUCAUUGGUCGGCAUACAACUCAAAUUGUUCAUGUUUUACGGCCUUUUGCACUGUUGGCUCAAUGGGUUCGCAGAGAUGUUACGGUUCGGGUAUCGAGAGUUUUACAUGGAUUGGUGGAACUGCUCGGACUUUGUUGUCUUCUAUCGCAAGUGGAAUUUUAUUGUUCAUCUCUGGCUCAGGGCUUAUGUCUACGACACCAGUCUCUAUUGGAAUUUUAUUGUUCAUCUCUGGCUCAGGGCUUAUGUCUACGACACCAGUCUCUAUUACACAUCAGGGAAUAGAGACAUAUCAGCGCUGGUAGUGUUCAUCCUAUCGGCGAUAAUUCACGAAUAUAUUCUUGCGCUGGCUUUCGGCUUCUUCCUACCCGUGCUCUUCAUAUCAUUCGCUAUUGUGGGAGUCCAAGGGCUCGACGAACAAGAAUUCAACGAAUAA